UUGAGCCCGGGCGUCUCCUGAGGCGCAACCAAGCUGCUCAGUGGGGUCCAGCGCCGGUGAGAGGACGGGACGCAGGUGUGGAAGACCAGGGAAGCAGAGGUCGCUCUGCUACAGGUCAAGCCUUGCAAUGGAUCCUGUUCGACCACGCUUCAGGGGCCUGUCUCCCGUGCACCCAUCUCAGUCUGUGCGGAUGCCAGGCUCUUGGCCACAAGCUCCAAAACCUUUGGACCCAUCUCUGAGCAGGGCAGGACCUGCAGGCAGGGGCCAUGUGUUUGGAAAGCAAAAGGAGCCGAGUCCACAGAGUGGGCCAGUGCAAAAGGAGUCUGUGGGUUUAGUCUCAAUGUUCCGAGGACUGGGCCUUGAAACAGCAUCCCACACCCCUCUGAAACGGGAGAUGCUUCCUUUAGGUAGAGGCAUUUUAGGUCUAGGCUUACCUACCAAUAUGGCAUGCAAGGACAAAGAAGAACCCCAUCCCACUUAUCUGGAUCCUUCAUUGUUGGCAGCUGGGGAUAGCAAGAUGGCAGAGGCCUCCGUUGGUUGGAAUAGGAUGCUCAGAAGAGGGAAUUUGGAUGCAUCUUUGUUACCAGUGGGAAGAGCAGCUGGUGGUUUAGGCAGAGGAAUAUACAAGGCUCCCAGUGCUCUCAGCCUGGCUUCUCAGGAUCCUGCCCAGCUCUCACCUCUGCCUCCUCUGCCCCAGGCCCCACUAUACUCUCUUGAUAGCCCUCCACUUGGGACUGCAGAACGCAAGAAAGAGCUUUUUGUGAAGCGAGGAUCAAAAGGAACACCUCAAUUUUUGGGAUUGAACCUUAUCAAAAUACAGUGUCAUAAUGAAGCAGUUUAUCAAUAUCAUGUGACUUUCAGCCCCAACGUGGAGUGCAAAAGCAUGAGGUUUGGCAUGUUGAAGGACCAUCAAGGUGUCACCGGAAAUGUCACUGCUUUUGAUGGAUCCAUUCUCUAUCUACCUGUUAAGCUUCAGCAAGUUCUUGAGUUAAAGAGUCAAAGGAAAACUGACAGUGCUGAGAUCACCAUUAAGAUUCAGUUGACAAAGAUCCUGGAGCCCUGUUCUGACUUGUGCAUUCCCUUCUACAAUGUUGUAUUCCGUCGGGUAAUGAAACUUUUGGAUAUGAAACUUGUUGGAAGAAACUUCUAUGACCCUACAAGUGCUAUGGUGCUGCAGCAGCACAGAUUGCAGAUCUGGCCAGGCUAUGCAGCUAGCAUCCGGAGGACAGACGGAGGUCUUUUCCUGCUAGCUGAUGUCUCCCAUAAGGUCAUUCGGAAUGAUUCUGUGCUGGACAUCAUGCACACCAUGUACUUGCAGAACAAAGAAAGCUUCCAGGACGAGUGCACUAAGCUUCUGGUGGGCAGCAUUGUUAUAACCCGGUACAACAAUCGCACCUAUCGUAUCGAUGAUGUGGAUUGGAACAAGACUCCAAAAGAUAGCUUCACCAUGUCUGAUGGGAAGGAGAUUACAUUCUUGGAAUACUACAGCAAAAACUAUGGGAUCACAGUAAAGGAAGAGGACCAGCCGCUGCUGAUCCACAGGCCCAGUGAGAGACAGAACAGCCAAGGGGUGUUGCUAAAAAGUGAAAUCCUGCUGCUCCCUGAGCUUUCCUUCAUGACUGGAAUCCCUGAGAAGAUGAAGAAGGACUUCAGAGCCAUGAAGGAUUUGAGCCAGCAGAUCAACCUGAGCCCCAGACAGCACCAUAGUGCUUUGGAAUGCUUGCUACAGAGAAUUUCGAAAAAUGAGACAGCUAACAGUGAACUGACACGUUGGGGACUCUAUCUGCAGAAUGACGUACAUAAGAUUGAAGGACGUGUUCUGCCAAUGGAAAGAAUUAACUUAAGAAAUACGUCAUUUAUCACAUCCCCAGAACUAAACUGGAUUAAGGAAGUAACCAGAGACCUUUCCAUCUUGACUGUCCCCAUGCAUUUCUGGGCACUGUUUUACCCAAAGAGAGCAAUGGAUCAAGCCCGAGAGCUGGUGAACAUGUUGGAGAAGAUAGCUGGCCCCAUGGGCAUGCGUGUGAGCCCACCAGCCUGGGUGGAACUGAAGGAUGACCGCAUAGAGACCUAUGUCAGAACCAUUCAGUCCAUGCUGGGGGUUGAGGUGAAGAUACAGAUGGUUGUUUGCAUCAUCAUGGGAACACGUGACGACCUCUAUGGGGCCAUUAAAAAGCUGUGCUGUGUGCAGACUCCUGUACCCUCACAGGUCAUCAAUGUCCGAACCAUUGGUCAGCCCACCAGGCUUCGAAGUGUGGCCCAGAAAAUUUUACUUCAGAUUAACUGUAAAUUGGGUGGUGAGCUCUGGGGAGUGGAUAUUCCUCUGAAACAGUUGAUGGUGAUUGGGAUGGAUGUUUACCACGACCCCAGCAGAGGCAUGCGCUCCGUUGUUGGCUUUGUCGCAAGCAUCAAUCUCACCCUCACAAAAUGGUACUCACGAGUGGUGUUCCAGAUGCCUCAUCAGGAGAUUGUGGAUAGCCUGAAGCUGUGCCUGGUGGGCUCCUUAAAAAAGUUUUAUGAGGUGAACCACUGCCUACCGGAGAAGAUUGUGGUGUACCGUGAUGGAGUAUCUGAUGGCCAACUAAAGACAGUUGCCAGCUAUGAAAUUCCUCAGCUCCAGAAGUGUUUUGAAGCUUUUGAGAAUUAUCAUCCCAAGAUGGUGGUGUUUGUAGUGCAGAAGAAAAUCAGCACCAACCUGUACCUGGCUGCCACUGAGAACUUUGCGACGCCCUCCCCUGGGACUGUGGUAGAUCAUACAAUAACAAGCUGUGAGUGGGUGGACUUCUACCUUCUUGCCCAUCAUGUGCGGCAGGGUUGUGGCAUUCCAACCCAUUAUGUUUGUGUUCUCAACACUGCAAACCUGAGCCCUGAUCAUAUGCAAAGGUUGACUUUCAAACUGUGCCACAUGUACUGGAAUUGGCCGGGUACCAUUAGAGUUCCAGCUCCUUGCAAGUAUGCCCACAAGCUAGCCUUCCUGUCAGGACAAAUCUUGCACCAUGAACCAGCCAUCCAGCUGUGCGAGAACCUGUUCUUCCUGUGAUUGGACCGUCAGGACACGGGCCGGUCAGAGCAGGCAGACUUCUGAGCUCAGCUGUGAGCGCAUCUGCGCAGGGUCCCCAGCGGCCGGAAGGGAGUUCGUGUUGGCGUUUGCUCUUUCACCAACCCAGCAGAAGAUCUUUCUUUUCAUUUUCUUUUCUCUUUUAAGUCCGUUAACACUGAGAAGCAGGUUCCAUCAUAAAUUUCAGCUAGAAAUUGUCUUGUUGCCUUUGCAGAGCAAAUGGGGGUGGUGUGCUACAAUAUAGAUGGGGUGGGUGGAGACGGGGGGCCCUCCGGGAGCCUGCAAAGCUGACAGAAGCCGUAGAGGCCUGAAGAAGCAGCAGUUACGCUUACAAACUCUGCUUACGAAGCAGUUCCCAUUUCUGGUGCCAGAGCUGGUAGUGAAUGAAGUCUCUGCAAAGUUCUUAAAGUAGAGAGCUACUUUAUUUGGGCAACUGGGAAAGGUAAGAAGGCAAAGUUUCUCAGGAUUUGGCUGUUGCUGGCAAAUGUGAAAGACAUGUCGCGAAACCAGCUGGUGGGUCCUUUUCAGACUCUUGCUGACCUAAUCAUCUCUAGGGAUUGAGUUGAUGACAGGUGACUUGAACUAGCUUUGGAAAGGGUGUUUAGUUCUUUCUUGCCUCCUGAGAGGACAAACACAGUUUUAUCUGGAUAUUUCAGUUGCUUUAUAGUAUGCAGUGUUGCUGUCUCCUUUGCUCCUUGUCCUUGUUAUUAACCUUUGGUAAGUUUCAGUUUUUUAAACUAAGAAUCAGAACAUGUGAAAUUCAGCAGCUUUGAAGGUUCAUGACAGGCCAUGAGCUUUUCUUGACCCUUUCUCUACGGUAUGUCACUUUCUUUUCUGUUGAUAUGUUUGCAAAUUGAACUACUCACUUUCCUUGCUCAAUACUCUCUUCCCGGCUGCUAGCUCAUUUUGUUAGGAAUUUCUCUGAGUCUGCAUUAAGAUUUCCAGAAGUUGGCUUUGGGAAACAUGACCUUCCUUCCAAAGUCCAGACGUUUCAGUUUAGAGAGUUGUCACUAUGCCUGCGGGUUUCAGUGUUUCGUGUGUGUAUGUUUAUUUUUCCGCUGUUUAAAAAUCUUCCAGUCUCUUCAGGACUAAUUCAGUCUUACCUUGUUUUAUCUAGAUUUUUAAAAGCCAGUUUUAUUUAACAUUUUUGAAUUUGUAUUUAUUUGUGUGUGUAUUUUAUUUUAUUUAUUAAUAUAUUUUUUGGUGUGGUGGCAGGGAGGGACAGCGCAGAAAUUCUCAUUUUAUAUGACAGUGUAUGAGAAGAGAAACUUUAGCUUAAAACUUCUUAGAUGAAGAAAACCAACCUAGCAUUGCGCUGGUUGCAGCAUGAGGCAGAGGCUGAGCAGCCGUGGGGCUGGUGGUCUCGUGCGCUUCCGGCUGCAUGCGGAGUGAGGGACAGCGAAGGGCUGAGACCUGGGGUUUAAACACCGCAGAAUCAGGCACACUGGAUCACUGGUUUUAGGCUUAACAGUUCUCCAGUUCUCUUUGGAAGUAUUUUGAAUUUCUCUUUUGAAGUUAGAUUUCCUAAUGCUCAUUUAUCUUAGAUAAUCAGAAAAGACAAAUACUUGAGAUAGCAUAAAUAUUUCUUCACUUUUUCCUCCUGGUUUUCUUUCCUUGUUAUUUCAGUCUUAAUGUGAAAUGACUGGGUCAUGGGGUGGAAAAUAAAAAGAAAUUUGUAUAUAUGUGUAGUUGCGUUUGUAAUAAUGUUGACAUAUGGUAGUGAUACAGUUCUUUUUCUUCAUAAACCUGUAGCACUUGUUAGAGUUGUUAAUUUGUUACUGGGCAUGCUAGGGGCAGCUGCAGUAUUGGUACUCAGGUACUUUCACUGAAAUCUGGCAGUAAGAUUUCUUGAAGAAGAUACUAAUAGUCUGUCUUCUGGGACAAAUGAGGCACCUGUUGUGUGUGUGUGUGUGUGUGUGUGUGUGUGUGUUCUCUCUUGUUUUCAAAACUCUCUCCCCAUCAGAGAAUUUCCGUCAGCCUGAGUGAGAGCCAGCUCCUGAGGGCGGCCCUUCCCUCCCGCCUUUUCCUGGUGCUUGUCCUUCUCUGCUGUGCUUCACAGCGUGUCUGUAGCCUUUUUAAGUGCCUUCCCAAAGAACCCUGACUGCCUGCUUCACCACUGCAUCCUGUUCUGUUUAUUUAGAAACUCCGUCUUCAGGGAUUCAGUGCUUCUUGAACUCAUCCUUAAAAGAAUCUAAUUUAGCCUCUUUUUACUUGAGCAGCAUUUUAUUGAAUGGUAUGAAAAGGGAAGUAGUUUUAUAAAUGACUAACUCUUCAUAUUGAAAAUGUUAUAACUUGUGCCUGAAAUUUCUCAGUGAUUUGGGAUAAUUGGAGAAAGACCCUACUUUCUUUUUUUUUCCCCAAACCUAGCUUUUUCUGAGUGUCUUACCUUUCCCUGUCUAGACUUAUUUUCUCUCUUUUAAAAAAAAAAUGAGGAAAUUCAAGAGAAUGAGAAAAAAACGCCACAAACGAAAAGAAAAUAUUUGCAAAAGACACAUCUGAGGGGCUCCCGGGCAGCCCAGCGGCUAAGACUGCUCUUCCACUGUAGGGGCUCAAGUUGAAGCCCUGGUCAGGGAAGUUCUACAUGCCCUGAGGCACGUCAAAGGAUGAAAAAAAAAAGGACAUCUGAUACAGGACUGUUAUCCAGAAUAUACAAAGAACUCUUAAAAUUCAACAGUAAGAAAACAACCUGAUUAAAAAUUGGGCAAAAAGACCUGAAGAGAGAUUUCACCAACUAAGAUAUACAGUUGGCAAAUAAGCAUAUGAAAAUAUGCCCAACGUCAUAUGUCAUUAGAGAAUUACAAAUUAAAAUGAGAUACCACUGCACACCUCUUAUUAAUAGAAUGGUCCAAAUUCAAAACACUGACCAUUCCAAAUGCUGGUGAGGAUGUGGAACAGGAAUUGUCAUUCAUCGUUAACCGAGGGAAUGCGAAAUAGUACAGCUGGUUUAAAAGACAAUUUGGUAGUUUCUUACAAAUCAAAACAUACCCUUAUCAUAUGAUUGAAGUAGUCACACUGCUUGGUAUUUGCCCAAAAGAGUUUAUAAUUUACAUCAACACAGAAACCUGCGCUGGAUGUUGAUAGCAGCUUUAUUCUUUCAUAAUUGCCAAAACUUCUAAGCAAGCAACCAAGAUGUCCAUCAGUAGGUGAGUGGAUAAACAAACACUGGUACAGGAAGACAAAGGAGUAUUAGUCAGUGCUAAAAACAAAUGAGCUAUCAAAGCCAUGAAAAGACCUGGAGGGUACUUAAAUGCAUAUUACUAAGUGAAAGAAGCCCAUCUGAAAGUGUUACAUAUUGUAUGA